GGUGUGUUGUAGCAAAUGAUAACACGAGUUAGUAAUGCGGAAAACCCCACCAGCCUAAGGAAAGAGAAAACCGCCUCCUGGCCUUGGCGAUGCGCAGCGCGGUAUAUAAGGGAGUGCGGCGGCAGCGCAGGGCACAGUCGAAGCUGGUCCCCCACACCUGGUCGACAUGAAGAUCGCGGCUGUAGCAACCGUUAUUGCGGGCUUUGCCUCCUAGCAGUGAGCGGAGAGCCCGAGCCUGAGGCUGCUGCCGGUUUCGUGAGACGGUACCAGCCCGUCAUCGUGCAUAGCGGCUACUACGGUCAUCAUAACCGCUACGGGAGGAGCGCAGAGCCCGAGCCCGAGGCUGACGCCGAGCCUGGCUACGGAUAUUCCAGCUAUGGCCACUCUGUAAGGCAACCCUACUACCCUUCCUAUGGUCUCCGCCACAAGAGAAGCGCAGAGCCCGAGCCCGAGGCUGACGCCGAGCCUGGCUACGGAUAUUCCAACUAUGGCUACUCUGUAAGGCGUCCUUACUACCAUUCCUAUGGUCUCCGCCACAAGAGGAGCGCAGAGCCCGAGGCUGACGCCGAGCCUGGCUACGGAUAUUCCAACUAUGGCUACUCUGUAAGGCGUCCUUACUACCAUUCCUAUGGUCUCCGCCACAAGAGGAGCGCAGAGCCCGAGGCUGACGCCGAGCCUGGCUACGGAUAUUCCAGCUAUGGCUACUCUGUAAGGCGCCCUUACUACUCUUCCUAUGGUCUCCGCCACAAGAGGAGCGCAGAGCCCGAGGCUGACGCCGAGCCUGGCUACGGAUAUUCCAACUAUGGCUACUCUGUAAGGCGCCCUUACUACCAUUCAUAUGGUCUCCGCCACAAGAGGAGCGCAGAGCCCGAGGCUGACGCCGAGCCUGGCUUCGCUCAUGGCAGUUCUUCAAGCUACUACACCCCUACUUACUACUCUCACGGCUAUGGAAGAUACGGUCAUUAAGGCGUUGUCGACUGUCCAAAAAUGUAAACAAAUACGUCAAAUAAAAAACCG